CUCGGAUACGCUCAGGUGUGCAUCGUCGUGUGUCGAAGUAAAAAAAAAAGCCGACCUCGAGCGAACCGAGCCGCGAAAAAAAACGAACGGCUACGAGUUACGCCGGCGAUAACGGUGAGUGUGUACGAUUGUUAAUAAUAAUUAACGACGACGCGAGUCGCCUGUGCCGGUGUAAACGGAGGAGCGAGGAGAAGAGAAUCGAAUCGGCAUUACCGCAGAAAUGCAAUCACGGCUGUUCAGCGGCGCGCCGUUUGACAGCCAGUCGCCGCCGCCGCGUCAUGCCGCGAGGAUGUUCCUCCUCGCGAUCGUCUGCGGCGGAUUCGUCCUGGGCGAAGUCGGCGCGCAGUACCACGGUGAUCCCGAUCACAUCGUCUACCCUGGACCAGUCGACGUGAGAUCGAGGGCCCUCGAGUACCCUGAUGGGCCCGCGGGGAGCUCCGUGGACGACAGCGAUACGCCGAUACCACUCGAUUUAGCGAAUAGAUUAAAUUCGAUAGAUACGAUGGAAGAAUUUAUGGAGCUUCUUCACGGUGUUCCACAAAGCGAAAAGAGUAUUGCAACGUUUGCCAAUAGAUUUGCAGGCGAGGAGCGAUCGAACGCGGUGAUGCCGACGCCGGCCAAGUGCAUGCCCGAGCUGCAGCUCGUCUCCCUAAAACUGGACGACGAUCCUUCGACGUUCGUCUUCCCACUCUGCACACGGAUCAAAAGAUGCGGCGGCUGUUGCAUUAGCCCUCUGCUCUCGUGUCAACCAACAGCGACGGAGAUGCGAAACUUCGAGGUGAUCGUGUCGUCGGUGAAGAAUAUGGAGUACCGGGGUCGGCGAAUCGUGCCAGUGGAGGAGCACACUAAAUGCAAGUGCGACUGCAAAAUCAAGGAGGAGCACUGCAACGACAGGCAGCACUACGAGCCGCACAACUGCAGAUGCAUCUGCAGCAACAUCGACGAGGAGCAGAAGUGCAAAAGUGACGACAUGAAGAUCUGGAACUCGACGCUCUGCACCUGUUCGUGCAGAAACAUUGAGCCAUGCACCACCGGAUACUACUUCAAUCCCAACACCUGCAGAUGUGGACCGAUAAUGUUCUCUAGACCAGUAAACAGGUUUGCAACUACGAAUUACAAUUUCACUAAUCGUCGGUCGGAAAACAGGCGACCCGUCAUAAUUCCCUUGGACCCGUCGGAUCCCAGGAGGAAACACAAGGAGGAUCCUGAAUACAAGUGACAACAAUUCAGUGACGGACACACGACGGAUUACAAGACUGCUAAAACGAAUCUAUAGUUAUUUUGUUAAUUUCUUUAUUAUUACGUAGACGAGAAGAAUCUCUCAUUAAGAGCCACUUCGAUCAAUUUUGAUUAACUUUCGGCUAAUUAAUCAACGAUUAAUUGAAUCGACAGAAUUGGGCUUAAUCACAUCAAUAUAAAAAGUAAAACACUUUAUUAUUAAAAUAAGACAAAAAUUUUAAUUUUUGUUUUAUAAUCUACAUUUGCUCAAUUAUAAUAUCUGAUAUAUAUUUGAACAUAUAAAUGGUAUUAUUAAUUUUUUAUUUGAUGAAUACAAGUUGACGCUACUAAAAAUAGAGUUAAAAUAAUCAAAGUUGAUCAAAGCCUUAAUUCCAUGCUUGGAAUUUGAAAAAGUUAAAUUGUUUUACAAUUAAAUCCCUGUAAUUUUAUCAUGA